AUGGCGUGGAGUGAUUACAGUGGCAGCUCUAUGCAAAUAAUGGCUAAAAUUGAUAGUUGCAGGGAGAGAUUAAAAGCUUGGGCGUAUGAUAAUUUUGGCAACCUCAAUAAACAACUAAAGGCAAAGAUGGCUGAAUUAAACAGUAUCCAGACGAGUAGUUACUGUGCCCUAAUGAGGAGAUUAUGUGGAAGCAGAGAUCUCGCGCGGAUUGGUUACGAGAAGGGGACCGUAACACGAAGUUCUUCCAUCAAAAAGCUUCGAAUCCGAGAUAGCAAUGGGGAAUGGAAGUUUAGCGUAGAGUUUAAGGGCGUGAUAGAGGAUUAUUUUUCCAACCUGUUCACUACAUCUGGUCCUACAAAUCAGGCGGAGGUGAUUGAUUGUAUUGAUUCUUUCUUAUCGAAGGAACAAAUCUCUGAUUUACAGUGGCCAUUUAUGAAAGAUGAGGUUAGAGGUGCCUUGAAACAAAUGGGUCCUCUGAAGGCUCCGGGUCCUGACGGUUGCGAUGUUAUACGGUGUGUUCUUGGAUUUCUCAAUACAUGGGUCAUGCCAGACAGGGUUAACCAUACGUUUAUUAACUUGAUUCCUAAGAUUUUAGCUCCGGAGUCGAUGAAGGAUCUGAUGAAGGGUAUGCUUGGUAACAUUAUUAACGAAUCUCAGAGUGUGUUUGUCCCGGGUUGUCUUAUCACGGAUAACGCCAUGAUAGCUUUCGAGAUGUUUCAUUCUAUGGCCAAGCGAUCCCAAGGUAAAGUGGGGGCAGCUGCGCUCAAGCUGGAUAUGAGUAAAGCGUAUGACAGAGUUGAAUGGAGCUUCAUUGAGUCGGUGAUGGCAAAAACAGUGUUCCUUCUGGUUUCCUUCACCCACGGCGUGGGCUUCGUCAGGGCGAUCCCCUAUCGCUGUAUUUAUUCCUUCUCUAUUUUGAAGGCUUCUCCGCUUGUUCUAUUCAUAAAAGCUUCUUUGAGGGAGAGUCAAGCGCUGAAACAGAUUAUAAGCUCCUAUGAAAAAGAAUCUGGACAGACUGUCAACAUCGAUAAAUCGGAGAUGUUCUUCAGUAUGGGUGUCUCUACAACGAAUAGGGCUGUUGUGCUGGAGGUUUUGGAAUACCGUGAGGUUAAUUGCUUUAAAAAAUACCUUGAUCUGCCGACCAUGGUAGGACGCUCUAAGAACCAAUUUUUGUGUACCUCAGAGAUCGACUGCAAAAAAGAUUUCUUGGAUGGAAGGAAAGAUUCUUCUCCAAAGCGGGUCGGGAACAUUAUAUCAAACUUUUUGUGGAGCGGGUCUGAUGAUAAGAAAAAGAUACCGUGGGUGAGUUGGGAGAAUAUUUGUAAAUCGAAGAAGGAGGGAGGGCUGGGGUUUCAAAACCUCCGUGCUUUUAAUCUCGCUAUGCUCGCCAAACAAGCUUGGAAGUUGAUCCAGUCUCCGGACUCUCUUUGUGCGAGAGUUCUUAAAGCUAAGUAUUAUCCGAAUAUGGAGUUUAUUAAGGCAGGACCAAGUCGGCGAUCGAGCUAUAUUUGA